AUGAAUCUUUUUUACCUACUUCUUUCGAUAACCUCGGUAUCCUUCGCCGAGGUAGCUGUCGAUUGGUCGAUGACGGGAGUUGAUGUGCUUAAUCCCAAUACGACCCCAAACACCAAGAUUACUGCUCGAGCAUUUCCUAAUGUACGGAGAAACCUUGGUCAAGAGGCCUGUGCAGCCGAUACCCGAACUAUCGCUGAUCCACGCACCCGAAAUCGACGUUAUACCUACCAGACAAAACUUCUAUCGGCAGUUUGUGAGAACGACAUCGAUUACACUGCGAAAUGCCAAACAGUAAUUCCUACGAACAACAAUGCUGUUAUUACACAUCAGGAAAAAUGCGUGGACGAUGAAGUUUGUCAGCAGGUCUCUUAUAGGAACUUUCUUGGGCAAACGUCAAGUGAAGUAUCCUGCGUAGAGAAGGAUGCUCAAAGACAUCAGUUUGAAUGGUCAACAGAUUCCUCAUCAACUGAUGGGAACCACUGUGGUCCUGGAUUGACUGUAAUUAAUGAGGAGGACGAUCUUACGAUUAGUGUUCAAUUUUACGGUGGCAAUCCUAGUUCACAUGCGCCGCGAAAAUGGGUCUCUGAAGCUUGGCUUCAAAGUAACAAAAGAACUGAAAGGAUUGAAGACAUCCGUGGAGUAAAUGGAUUGUAUUGGAAGGGAGCAGGUCAUACUGGAGAAACGAUCCAGGCAUGUUUUAUUCGCAAUACAGUCAACGAUGCUACAAACGCAUUGCUAAACUGGGUUGAUGGUUAG